ACGGCAUUGUGAUGUGUAUCCUCCACUUUCCUGAGCCUCAGAUUUACUGGGACACAGUCACCAAGAUAUGUGUCUUCAUCUUCGCAUUCCUGGUUCCAAUCUUGGUCAUCACUAUCUGCUAUGGGCUCAUGAUCCUCCGUCUGAAAAGCGUCCGCCUCCUCUCAGGUUCUAAGGAGAAGGACCGCAACUUGCGCCGUAUAACACGUAUGGUGCUGGUGGUAGUAGCUGCCUUCAUUAUCUGUUGGACACCCAUCCAAAUCUUUGUCAUUGUUUGGACACUGGUAAAGAUCGACAAGAAUAAUCCUUAUGUGGAGGCCAGUCUGCAUUUCUGUAUUGCCCUAGGUUAUACCAACAGCAGUCUAAACCCUAUCCUCUAUGCUUUCUUGGAUGAAAAUUUCAAGAGGUGCUUUCGGGAGUUCUGCCUUCCCUUCCGGUCACGAAUGGAACAGAACAGUUUCAGCCGGGCUCGGAACACCACCCGGGAACGUAUCUCCACCUGCACUCCUUCUGAAGUCAUCAAUAAAUCAGGAUGA